GUCACCCACACAUAUACUGAGGUAUCUCUUGUCUCUAUUCUGAGACAAGAUGCCUCCUCCAUCGGCUUCGAACAAGAAGCCUGGGCCAACGUCCAAAUCGACGGAUCUCGUUCCCGUUGGCCCUCGCGAAGUUAUCGCCUCGAAGAAACAGCAUUGGGCCAGCAAACGCGAUGAAUACGGCAACAAGCCGACAACAAUCAAGGCUCUCGUCCUUCGCAAUGGGAAGCAUGGUGCUAUGGGCACUGGAGAGCUUGUCUCAUCGAGAAUCAGGAUGGCAGGUAGAGAGAAAUUGGAUCUUCUGGCUGAGGAUAUGAUGGAGCAUUACGCGACUGCAAUUGCUGCUCCCUUCGAUUCCCUCAAAUGCGGGAAGAUUGCCAAGUCUUAUUUCAUCUCCUGGUUGGAUGAAAUAGAAAACCUUCAGGACCCGGACCUGUUUUCAGACAGAAUCACAUCUGAAACACUGUCGCGCUUCCCGCCAGUCCCGCCCAAGAAUAAGAAAGGCAGACCAGAGAAUCCUCUCAACAAUCCGGGCAAAGUGGCCACGGUUGUCUCGUCCAGGAUCCACAACGCAUAUCUACUCGCUUCAGGCUGGCGACUUGCUGGUAGCUUUCUCAUGGAGUUGAGGGACGUCGUGAAAGAUGACAAGCAGAUCAAACUCGCGCUCCAACAGAAUGAUGGAGUACGGAAGCAAUACCUCGUUCUCUACGACCUUGUCAAUAUCAUCGUCGAUGUGAACCAGCAGAAAUUCGCGCAGCUUGCUACGACUGCCCCGCAUUGGAAACAGUACUUCAGGCCGAACGAGUACAAAGAAGCAGGCGACGACCAACCAGAGUUCGUUUUCGAUUGGGCGCAGCUGAAAAGCGUACACAAAUCAUUCUUGGACUCCAUCGUGGUAGAGCUCUGUCUUCCUGCAUCGCAGUACCCCAAACAAAUCCUCAUCGGCCUCCUGAGAGAAGCGGUUGAUGAAACACCGCGAGACUCCAAGCGAUUCCCGCAGGCUCUUUGGGACGCCAUGGGCGAUCUUUCGUACAGCAUAGAGGUGCUGGACAUCCUCAACACGCCGCUGCUAGGACAAGAGGGGGAGAAAUGGAAACAAGAACCGCGCAAGAAGCCAGAGGAAUACUUAGAAUGGGAGGACGCUCAAAUUUUCUCCGUUGAAGCUGGUGAGGAGGUCGACACGUUCAAGGAUCUCCUAGUUCCUCUCAGCAAGACCAAGGAUAAGGCCGUGCUCGACACAGUCUGGAAGUACAUCAAUCUUAACUAUCAAGGUGUGUCGGGCAAGACGAUCGACGAGCUCUGGGGACUCGAUGAUAGGAAGGACCGCUUUGCCACCUGGCAUGCCUAUUAUACUCUAAAAGCCGAGAAAGGGUCGGAUAUCAACAACCCAGAUGGUCCCCCUACCCUUGUACCAUUCUCUGGGAAUGGCAAGCAGGGAGGAAAACCUGGUGGAAAGAAGCAGUUGGCCAUUACUUCUGGUUACGGCAGCGACGAUUCCAUGCCUUCGCUUCAGACUGUCUCGGAUUCCUCCGAUGAGGAAAUCGACUUUGAUAGUGACGAGGAAGGCAGCGACGAAGAUGAGACUGACGAUGAAGGGUCGGAUUACGACGAGGAGCUUGAAGAGGAAGUCAGGGAUUGGUUCCGCGAAGCUAUGGAUAUCGCUCAGGCUGAUCCUGACUUCCACAAUCCGAGGAGUCAAGCAAAGGACUUCGAAGACAUGGCCUCCUAUAAGAAGGACAAUCCCUUCUUGAAGUUACUGGGCUCCCUCAGAGGUCGUCUGUUCUCCGGCAGUCCCGCCGUCAAAAUUACGGAUCGUAUGCAGCCUCGCACACCUUACACUGGUCCUAAACCAUCGCCCUCUGCCUACAAGCCAGUGCCUCCCGGCGCGCGGCCAGCCGCGAAGCCAGCCACGAAGCCGGCUGCUAAAGCCUCGACGAAGAGCCAAGCUGCAACAGUCGAAGAGGUGUCUGAUGAAGACGAUGCGGCUACACCUGCCAAGAAGAAGAAGAAAAAGCCCAAGAAAAAGAAGAAGAAAACUGCCGCCCCGACGACUGAGGAGCCUAUUCUGGAGGAGAUCGUUCCUGAACCCGAACCAGAGCCCAUUUCUGCUCCGGCUCCGACACCUCAGAGGAAGACUCCCGCCAAACCGGCUCCUAAGGCCACGUCUGUCAAGAGCGGUUCAUCUGUUGCGAGUGCACCCUUUGGCUCAACGGCCUCGCUCCCCCUGUCUGCUGAGCAGAGCGCCCAAUCUGCUCGCACCUACCUGAAAACCGAGGGUCUUGGCUCAGAAAAGACCAAAGUCAAAACGAGGGCGGACCAUGCAACAUUGUUCUCUGUCGCUGAGAAGGCGGAGAAGAAGGCGGGGAUUUUCUCUCGCUUCACCAAGGAUAAGUCAAAGACCGAGGUUGAUGAAGCUGGCAAGUACAGCUUCCUCAGCAGGCUGUCGAAGAAGGCCAAGUCGGCGAUGCACCAGCUGCUCAAUACUGCCGAGGAUGAGAGGCGUGGGCUUGCCCCGAUGAAGUGGGAUCAAUUCGUGAAGGUCAUGACCGAAAUGGGCUUCUCUGUCGACAGCUCUACCGCAGGCUCCAGCGUCCGAUUCGACCCGCCUGAUCCUCGUGAUCACCCUAUCACUUUCCACAGACCUCAUCCUGACAGCACCAUCCCUCCUAACAUGCUCAGGGACUUUGGCAAGCGAAUUAAGCGUACCUAUGGCUGGAACGACGACGACUUUCUCAAGAAAAUCCCGUAAAGCCUGUGCCUGCCGUCUAACCUGCGUCAGAUUCUGUUUGUCGAGGUGCCCAUCUGUAUUCCUAGCGUGUUGUUCAGUACUCUUUCCUUGU